AUGUCUGAUCCAUCACCGUGCGCGGUCCUGACACUGCCAGUCGACAUCCCCCGCAUCACCUACACAAGCGAAGGGUUAGAUCUCGAUUACUUCGGCCCUGUUGAUGGUUCAAUUAGCGUCGAGGGAGCUAAGUUCGUUGCCCGUCUUACAGAUGGGGUAGAGGAUGAAGUGGCACGCACUAUCAAGCAAUUCAUAACCACCACGCAAAACGACUGUGUAGGCAGCGCAGAAGAGAAAAGAUCAUGCUGGUUUACCAUCCGCUCGACGAAACCCACUGACGAAUUCAAUAUCCCGAGAUGGCACCGGGACGGUCCUAUGUACCCAUACGACGAGGGACGCGAAGAGGUUGUGCGGAGCAAAUAUGCCAUCACUUUACUCGGGCCUCCUACACUCAUGCUGGUGCCGGAUGAGGACACAUUCGCUAUCGAACGGCAAGGGCUGGCACAGCACUAUUGGUGGCUGGAAAAGGAUAUCCCUCGUCCCUCACAAGAACAGUGGGAUGAAGCAGAUUUGGAAUUGCGAAAGUGGCUCGAGAAUGAAUUCAAAGAGACUCCCAAAGUUGACAUUGGACACGGCCAAAUCGUUCGAUUCAGUUGGGGAAGAGACAACAGUCCAAUUCAUUCAGAGCCAGAUAUCGUUUGUGACAGGAUCUUCAUGAGUGUUCUUUAUGGCAGCGAACCGGAAUUGCGACGGAUGUGUGAUUGGAGAGAGGCUAAGUACGGGGAGUUUGAGACCGGUGUCUAA